UAGACGAGAACGAGGCGACUCAUACGACUACUGUAUUUUCAUAACACUGUGCGGUUGAAAUGUUGAGAGAAAUUGUUUUUAUUCUGUCUGUCAUGUGCUACAAAUUAUAAUGAAUUGUUAAAACGAAUAUUAGUUGAUAUUUCAGCAAGUUCUCGUCCAGUGAUUAUAAUGAUACCUUGAACUAUUACUGCGAUACGAGAGACACUGUUGAUUUGUUGUCCAGGAAAAUGGCGUCGAGUUCGGUGAGCCAAGAAAGCUUGGAUUUAGAAGACUUCGAAAACCAGGCAAAACGAAAUCGUAUUAGGACUCAUAGAGGCAGAGGAAUGGUUCAUAGAUCUGCGGAACGUGAGGGUAGCGACCAAUAUGAUACGCGGGAGCAGAACGGAGAUAACGAAAAAGAAAACAAUUGCUCGAGUGGUCUCGUUCAACCCGAACACGACUCCCCAACUCGUGGAGCCGCAAGUCGUCUUAAGGAUAAACGGACCAGACCUAAUCAUUUACAUAAAGGAAAAUUACCGAAAGAUAAAAGAAAAUUACGCGAAAAAAGACGAAGCACUGGAGUAGUUCAUUUACCGUCGACAGAGAGUACCGGAGAUUCUUUAGAUGAUGACGAUGACACAGACAAUAAAGCGUCAUCGGAAACGAAGAAAAAUACGACGUUUAAUGAAGGUACAUCGGUAGAUGGAGGAGUACGUCACCCAGAACCACAUAAACAUUCACACCAUCACACGAGUCACAUACAUUCUAGUUACACGAACAGAAGAAAUAAAAGUCCGUCAGAUUUAGAAGCUGAUUUAGAAGACAACCAAGACUACGAUAGUACAGUCAGCCAAUCAGAAACAAACCUAACCUUGAUUGGUCAAUCAGAACCAAGUGAUAUGCCCGUUAAUCAGAUGCCUGUCAGUAGUAGCAGUACGUCGGGCGUGCUCAAAUAUACUCGUUACACAACAGAUAAUCGUACAUCAUCAGUGGCGCCUCCAUCCUCAAAUGUUCCGGAACCAGAUUCAAAGACGACGUCUUCCACAACGGCAGAAAUUCUCUCACGAUACCGAGACUCAGAAUACCGUCAACAAAGGGAAACCGAGUCGCCUAAAAAGGAUAUUGAAGGACCACGACCUUUUACGACAUACUCCCAGUUACGAGAAAAUCGUGGAGAUAUUUCGUAUGGUAGUUAUUUGUCACGACUACGAGAUCGUGAUUCCACGACACCAGUUCACCAACGUAUAAACUAUCACAUGUCCCCUCGACCAUUCGUCAAUAAACAGUCAGAAACAACCGCCAAUUUGGAAAAAUUAUUGGAUAAAGAAAAAGAUGAAAAUAAAAAAUUGAAAGAGAUUAUCGAUGAUAAAGAUCGCAGAAUCGCCGAACUUGAAAAAGAGGUUUUUCUUUUAAACAAGCUUCGGUGAUUGGGAUGAGUAAGGAACUUGAUGAACUCGAUGAAGAUAAUAUUAAACUCCAAGAACAAAACAGUGCUCUUAUUAAAGCCAUGUCUACACUGAAUACAGCUGUCUAAACUCUCAGCUAUAAUACCUUGCCAACUAUGUUAAAGCCAUGUCUACACUGAAUACAGCUGUCUAAUCUCUCCAUACCGCGAUCUCAGCUCUAAUACCAUGACAACCAUGUUAAAGCCAUGUCUACACUGAAAACAACUGUCUAAACUCUUCAUACUGUGAUCUCAGCUAUAAUACCAUGACAACCAGUCAACACAUGAUUAACCCUGCUAGUUUUAAACUCUCAAUACACUGAUCACAUGAUGAACUCUCAAUACACAAUCUCCCAGGCCAGUGAUCACAUGAUAAACUCUCAAUACACAAUCUCCCAGAGCAGUGAUCACAUGAGAAACUCUUAUUAAACUCUCAAAUACACAAUCUCCCAGAGCAGUGAUCACAUGAGAAACUUUCAAUACAUAAUCUCCCAGACCAGUGAUCACAUGAUAAACUCUCAAUACACAAUCUCCCAGGCCAGUGAUCACAUGAUAAACUUUGGGAACUCAAUACACAAUCUCCCAGACCAGUGAUCACAUAAUAAACUCUGGGAACUCAAAUUACAAAAUACCUAGAAUCUCAGACAUGAGAUCACAACCAAGGUUCCAAUAAGACUACAAUCUGUACUACAACUGGGAACUCAAAUUACAAACUACAUGAUGUCUAUCUAGGUCUGACUUUACUUCACCACCAAGGUGGGAAUACGACAGGACGUCUAUCUAGGUCUGACUUCAGUUGACCGCCAAGGUUCGAAUACGACAAGACAUCUAUCUAGGUCUGACUCCAGUUAACUACCAAGGUUCGAAUAAUACACGAUGUCUAUCUAGGUCUGACUCCAGUUCACCACCAACGUUCGAAUACGACAUGACGUCUAUCUAGGUCUGAUUCCAGUUAACUACCAAGGUUCGAAUAAUACACGAUGUCUAUCUAGGUCUGACUCCUGUUCACUUCCAAGGUUCGAAUACGACAGCAAUCUGUAGCUAUAGCUGGGAAUUCUCAGUUUUGAUUUUAUGCCGUCUAUUGAGCAGAAUCUCAAGUUUGGUUCCAUCUGAAUAGUCGUAGAGCUUGCUGGCCUAGCAAGUUAAGUGUUGACUAGUUUUCGGAGGGACAGAAAGAAACCCUUGUUGGAAUACAGUGACAAGUAAGAUGUAUGGUUUCAUGGAAAGAUACAUUAUCGAGAACUAAUAUAAUGAUCUCACGUUUAAAUAUAAGCCUUGAUCUGAUUGGUUGUAAUUAUAUACAUUGUAUACGUAUUGUUUUAUGUAAAAGUCUUGUUCAUAGGUUGUAAUAGCGUUGAUUAUCCUUGUGAUUGGUGGAACACAAAACUUAAAAUGACUCUAGUAAAAUCAAUUAUCUUUAAUUAUGUCAAGGCAACUUAUACUGAGCAUUGUUAUUGUAAUGGAGAUGAUUGAGGGACUGGUUGAAACCAUCUACAAUAGACUUGAUCAAUGAGACUUGGUUUGUUGUGAAGGUAUCAGCAGUCACUCAAAGGAUGAAUCUCAUUACCAGACGUAGAAUCACGUCUGCUUACUAUAUUACGGCAAGAUUUAAAUAUUUUUGAGAGAGAAAAAAAAAGCCUGUAAAUGACAUUAAGACCUGGUGGCGCCACCCUGAAAUGUUUUAAACGAUAAAUAUGAUGGAUAUAAGGUUGUGUUGUGUAUAGAAUGAAAAAUAUAAAUAUUUAUAAGUGAGGCCAAAAAUAACAAAUAAUCUAUUUCUCAGAUACUGUCAACUUAAUUGCACGUUAUUGUAUUUGCCACACCAUCUCGAGGGGAGAUUAUCUUGUUUAUUACAGCAGAGGGGGGUGUUGGAUGGCCGAAUGGUUAGCAUGUGCGCGCUGUAUCACACGGCCCGUCAUGAGUCAACUGGUGUGGUUUCGAAACCAGUUGUACGUGACGAGGAGUAGGGUCGCCUGUCCAACCUCGUGGGUGUUCUCCGGGUCAUCCGGUUUCCUCCCACUGCUAAAGACCCCUUCGCGCACGGAAUUAUUGAAAUAAAAUUAAAACAUAUGUUAGUCCCCGAAAUGACCUAGUUUGUGUCGAGUGGACAGUAAACCCCAUUUCUCCCUCUCACCCAUAUUUCAUUGUGGAAGAGAAUAAGGGGUUGACAUGAAUGGAUGUGGAAGUCAGACAGGUACCCCCCACCCUUUGUGUGUGAGCAUGGGGAGGGAAACCCGCAAAUGGGCCGAAAAAUGGGUCUAAAGUAGUUGAAUGAAAAGCCAGCAUUUUUAAAAUAUUUUAAGUUUUUCUGGAUAAGGUCGCAGAUACUUGUUAAUAAAAUUCUGGUGGUGUCCAGCCAGAUAAUAAAUUCUCCCUUGGAAAGAUGUGUUAUUAAAUGUUUAAAGAUACAUUAUGCAAGAGCUAAAUUGUUUUUAAAGACAAUUGGCUUUUAUUGAUUUAAUUAAAACAUGGAUAAUCAAAACUGUGUUUAAUAUCGUAACUACGGUAACAAUGACUAUCGAGACUCUACUAUUCUCCAAACAGUCUUAAAGAUACAUUAUGGGAGAUUAGAUAAAGAGCUGACAUUUCUCACUAUAAUAGUUAAAAACUAGAUAAUGUAAAGGCAAUUUACUGAAAAUUUCAUUCACAUUUAUCCACUAUGAACCGAGAACAAAGCGUUUGAAAUUUUUCCACCUAGCUUCGAUCAUCAUUACUAAAGUCAGUACGUUAAACAGCAUAGUCCCGAUUAUCCAUUUAAUCGUUAAAUCGUGAAGGAAAGUUAUGCAGUAAAUAGGCUCAUAAUCCACUAAAGAUCGCAGGCUAGCAAUGCCUUCUAGAGUUGAUUAUUGUCUGGAUAGGUUAAUUAAUGUCUAAUUAAUAAUUUUGAUAAAAUUUCAGGCCUAAAGAAAGACCUGCAAUAGGCAGAUUUAGCUCUUGCAUAAUGUUGCUCAGAAUGAAGUAAUUUGACUGAUUUUUCAAGAUAUUUUCUUUUCAUUAUCUAGUUUUAACCUAUUAUCUCAAGAACUGUCAGUUCUUUUUCUAAAUCUAACCUAACAUAUCUUUAAUAUAAAAUAUGAAUAUUUUUUUAAAGCGAUUAAACAUGUUGGUAUUUUUGUUUGUUUGAAAGACGUGCUAAUUCAACUUAAUUUAAACACACAUUUAUUAAAAACCAACAAAAUCAGUAUGGUUUCUGAGAAACAGGUGUUUUUUUUUGUUUUUUGGCCUAGUACAAAUACUGUAGAUAUAUAUAUAUAAAGCUUGAAUAUAUAACUGUACAUAAAUUUGUUGAUAUAUUUUAGCCUAGUCCUUUGUUGUAUGAGACGUCAAGCCAAUCUCUGGAGCCAUUACAUAUUUUUUGUGACUCCCACGAGCUAAGACUAAUGUACAUUUAUAUAAAGGGAGAAUUUCCACCUUCCUCAAAAAGUACAAAAAGUUUGUCUAUGGCCCCAGAGAAUGCUCACAAUAUCCUUGUUGUCAAUAAUGCUGUAAAACUGUAAAUUAAUUUCUUGGUUUAUUUUGAUAAUGUAUGUUUUUAUUAUCGUUAUCCGCCACUUGUCACAACUUCUGGCUUUGUAGACAUGUAAUUACUAGAUAUCUGCUUUCCUUAUAGUUUUAUAGAUUUAAUUAAUCUAGUUUUACCUGAUUGGUCGAAUUUUGAACUCAAAAACCCCCUUUUUAUUUCCAAUCAGGUGCUUUCUACUUAUCUGCUGGAUUGUAAUUUCCUUUACAAGUGUUGGUUGAAUCGUUUUCGUAUUCUAUUAUAUUUGAAAAUUGUCUCGAAGAUUGUUUCAAUCUAAUUAAAACACAGAUCCUAUUUCAUUUUGUUUUUUAUAGUUCAAAAUUCCAUUUUAUUUGUCUGUACUACACUAGAAUCUAGAAGAGUUGUUCUAUAACCUGUGUUCUGGAUGGCGUGAGGGAUUAGCCAAUGAAACAGUCUGUUGCGGCGACUUCUUGGCGUGAGCUGAACGGAACUGUGAGUAAACCACUAGAAACGUCAACGCUGAUUGAUUAAUCAAUGCCUGGCGUCGUAGAGUCAAUCGCCGUUCAUAUGACCUCUGACGCGACCUUCCAGUACAACUGGUUAGAUCUUCAUGUAGCGUAGGCCAUUGAAACGAAACGAAAUAUAGAUCUGUAUUUCAAUCAGAUUGAGAUUGUUUCAAGUUUUAUGAUUCCCUUUUUAUUCACGAUUGUUCUAUUCACAUGAAUGGCCAUUUAUAUACAAAUCACCAUGGUUACAAGUACUUAUUUUUUACUCAAAGAUCCAAUUGUUUGAUGCAAUAUUCUAAACUCCCGCCAUGCCUCCCCCCAUAAAAACUAACAUAAUGUUUAUAAAUUAUAAUUAACCCAAAUCUUGACCCCAUUUUGUCUCUUACACAUAUUUUUGUAACUAAAUACUUAAGGAUGCAUUUUAUUCAAGAGCUAAAUCUGCAUAUCGCAGAUCUUUCGUUUGACCUCAAAUGUUAUAUAAAUCAUUAAUCAGACAUUUAUUGUCAUGCCAAGGCUGUAAUCAAUGCUCUAGAAUGUCGGAUGGUUUUGAUUUUCAACAGAUUUAAAUAUGAUUGUCAGUUAAUGAUUUUAGUAAAUAAUGGAUAAUCGAGACUUUAUUUAUUAUUGUAACCACGGUCGCAAUGAAAAUCGAGAUACACCGUAAUCGACGAUAACUCCACUCAGAAUGAAGUAAUUUGACUGAAAUUUUCAACUUAUUCCCUUUUCAUUAUCUUUUUUUUUAACUAUUAUAGCAAGAACUUCUUUAACCGCUUUGUAAAUUUAUGAACAUAUUUUUCAAUAUUUCUUAUUCUGUACAAAUUCUAACGCUAAUUAAAAUAUCUUUGUUCUUAAGCUGAAUAUUAAUCAAAUGCAUUGAACUGUCAAUCAAAUAAAAUUAUGUUUUAUCCAAUUGAUUUUCUUAAAGGUUAACAUAGUAGAUUAUGAGUUAUUCCCCCUUCGUUAAAAUAGGUUGUGAGUUAUUCCCCCUUAGUUAAAAUAGGUUGUGAGUUAUUCCCCUUGUAGUGAUAAAGCAGGAGCAAGGAUUGUUAGGUUGUUGUAGUUAUUGGUUGAGAAUAGAACAGAGAAGUGAAAAAAAAAACAGUCUGCAAAAAAUUUAUAUUUUGGGGAAUCCUUUUUUCCUUAGACCAGUUUCUAUUUUUAAUGGGAAAAUUUGUCAAACUAAUAGAAAUCGGGAAGCGAUGGUGACUCAGCGAUUGAAAUGCUGGCUAGAUGACCCGGAGGUCCAGGAUUUGAUCCCGAUUUUGGCUGCGAAAGUUCCCUAAAUUUUCCAGCUUGGUUAACCCUUGUCAGUGAUGCCGGACCUAGCAAGGAACAGCAUCUUAUUGUUUCGAAGGGAUGGAAAACCGUGGUCCCGUCUUCCUGGAAAUCUUUACUGUCUUCUAUCUAAGGAAAAGCGGGAGACUUUCCUUGGCAAUUUCAUUUUUUUGGCAGAAUUGUGUAUUUCAGAACUCUGUUGUAUUCUGACUAUUGAUACAGAUAGGCCUAUUCUGAUGGCUAUUGAUACAGAUAGGCGUAUGUUUAUUAACUGGUUUAUAUUUGAAAUGUGAUACAAAUUUUUAUUAUAUUUAAAUGUAUAUUGUUUAUUAAUUGUUUAGUUUGUGUCAUAUUUUAAAGCAUGUUUUCCUUAUCAUUCCAUUUAAAGAUAUUUUCCUUUGUAAUAGUGAUGUUGACCUGUUGAGUAUGGUACUGGCACACCACAGCCCCGCUAACCAGAAGGUCGCAAGCUCAAUCUUGGGGUUGGGUGGUCGAUUGGGUAACACAUGUGCAUUGGAUCAUAAGGUCUGUCAUUGAGUCAAGUGGCAUGGUUUCGAUUCCCUGCAUGUAUGUGACUAGAACUAGGGUUGUCUUCCUACCUCAUGGGUUUUCUCCAGGUUCUCUGGUAAUGAACCCCUACUGGCAAGCGAGUUACUGAAAUACAGUUGAACCAUAUGUUAGUCCCCAAAUGACCUAGUUUGUGUUGAGUGGACGUUAAACACCAUUCCUCUAUCCCUCUCGCAUCCUGGGUUUCUCCUGGGUUGGAUGAAAACAUGAAGUGCGUCUCAUUACUCGUUGGCACACACAUGAGGAAUCCUUGACAACAGGAAUUCAAUAAAUAAAAAAAGUAGGCGGUAAUGCCGCUUACGGCUCAAUAUUUCGCUCAUAGUACAAAACAUGAUCUAUUCCUGGCGUUGUGAACCCGAUUGGUGAAAAAAAGUUGGACGAUAGAACCCAUUUUACUAUCGUUACCAGUAACAUGAUACUCAGCAACAGUAUGAUAAGAAAUGUUCUACAUUCAAUAUGAAAUGAUUUUGACGGUAGGCCUGUGACAGAUAACUCAAGGGAAGAUAUCUUUUAAGAUUGUUUUAUUUUUCAAUGUAGGCCAAUAAAUUAUUUGUAAGGAGAUUAGACUGAUAAGAUAUAUAUUAAGGGGUGGGAAAAUAAUCAAGUCUACUACAAGAUGUAUUAUGUACGAGCUACGAGCUAAAUCUGCCUAUUGCAUGGUCUUUCCUUUGGCCGUAAAUGUUAUAUAAGUUAUUAGACAUUUAUUAACAUAACAAGUCUAUAAUAUUCUCUCUAGAUCAUCGAAUGGUCGCGAUUUUCAGUGAAAUGAAACACAAUCGCCAUUUAUUGAUUUAAUUUCUAAAUGGAUAAUCAAGACUUUGUUUAUUAUCAUAACAAUGAUACUGGACGAUCAAGACUAUAUUGCGAGAACUUCGAUGAAUAAGAUAAAUUAUGAAAUUUUCAAUUUAUUCAUUUGUCAAUAUCUAUUUUUGAACUAUUAUAUCGAGAAUGGCGGACUCUUUAUCUAAAUCUUACAUAAUACAUAUUUCAAUAUUGCUUGAAGAGAUUUUUUUAUUGUUGUUCAAAGGGAGGUAACUUUUAGAAUUGAUCAUAUAAAGCAUAAUAGAAAAAUGUCCGUUCACUUUAUAGUUUAUUGUAAUAUUUAUGAAUUGUGAAUGAUUUACAUGUUUUAAAUAAGAAGAUAGAGGUAUUAAUCUCAUGAAGGUGUAAACAAUACUAUAUUAUAUGUUUAUUCUCUUGUUAAUGCUUGAUUUUACCCAAUUCACCCACUGGAUUUGGUAUUUUGAGGACUUAAUUUUAUCAAAUUCGGCCAUUGGAUUUUGUAUUUUGAGGUCUUGAUUUUACUGAAUUCGGCCAUUGGGUUUUGUAUUUUGAGGUCUUGAUUUUACUGAAUUCGGCCAUUGGGUUUGGUAUUUUAAGCACUUGAUUUUACUGAAUUCGGCCAUUGGAUUUUGUAUUUUGAGGUCUUGAUUUUACUGAAUUCGGCCAUUGGGUUUGGUAUUUUAAGCACUUGAUUUUACUGAAUUCGGCCAUUGGAUUUGGUAUUUUGAGGUCUUGAUUUUACUGAAUUCGGCCAUUGGGUUUGGUAUUUUAAGCACUUGAUUUUACUGAAUUCGGCCAUUGGGUUUGGUAUUUUGAGGUCUUGAUUUUACUGAAUUCGGCCAUUGGGUUUGGUAUUUUAAGCACUUGAUUUUACUGAAUUCGGCCAUUGGAUUUGGUAUUUUGAGGUCUUGAUUUUGCCAAAUUCGGCCAUUGGAUUUUGUAUUUUAAGCUCUUGAUUUUACCGAAUUCGGCCAUUGGAUUUGGUAUUUUAAGGACUUGAUAGGGUCAAUUAGCGAUAAAGGGAUUAUUAAAUAUAUGAAUCAGUUGUAGUAUGAAAUGUGAUCCAAACAGUGGCGUAGCAAGGGUUGUCCAUGCACGCGACAAGGCAAGUAUUGCGCCAUCUAUGUAACUUGUGGACUAUUAUCAAAGAAAGAAUGUGUCACAGAACUGUUUAUUAUUCCUGGCAUGUUGAUCAAAUGUGUAGGACUGAAUUUAUAGUUGAUAGUUUAUUUUAUUUCUUGCCAAACAUCCGAACUCCUCCACAAUAUGAAUUGGUAUUAGCCAGAGCAGUGGUUCUCAAACCUUUUUUGCUGACGGCACACCAUGGAACACAUGAAAAAAUAGCUGCACACAUGAAAAAUAUUUGAAUUUUGCAAAAUAAAAACAUGGAAAGUCAUAGACGACAUACAACCGUAGACAGAGACUAGUCAUGGACACAUAGAAUGACUCGAACUAAAUAAAGAAAAACACAGCUAUGAACUUACCAGAAAACAUCAGUGAAAACUCAAUUGGGAUCAAGUGGUUUUUCACAUUUUCUUAGUGUGCCAUUCAAAAUUUUGCGGCACAAUUAGGAAAAUCUGGUUGAGAAUCACUGAGUCAGAGGUAGGCACGAAAUGGAUUGUGUCUGACAAAGCUAUGACAGAAUAAUGUUGUGUGUUUCCUACAUCAGUUUUAUUGUGAAGGCUUUAGAAGUAGAGUCCUGUCUUCAAUAGCCCAGUCGGUGCAGAAAAGUAGGACAUUAAUCCCCAUUUCAUAUCUGAACUCGAAUCUUGUGUUUUUAGUAGGUUAUCUAAUAUUUAUAAAUGACUUUAGUUUUCAUCUCAAUUACAUUUAAAUCUUGCAUGAGCUCUAGUCAGAUCAAUUAGACAAUUUAAUUCAUUAAUAUUGUAAAGGGCAAUUAAUAUUGUUCAUGUUUAGAAUUAAUAAACAAAUCAUAUGAUCGAACAUUAACUAGUUCUAAACAAUAUUUUUCUAGUUCAGAGGGAAAUGAGUUUGAAGUUUCUGGAUUCUGUAUUUCUGUCUGGGGUCACAGUGGCUCUGUGAGUAGGAUGCCGACUCGCUAACAUGAAGGUCUUGUGUUCGAGCCCUGCGUUGAUCAAGAAAGUUUAUCUGGAUUUUCCAGUGUGUUUCCCCCUUUCAUUGAUGUAGGCGGAGGGUCUGGCAAGGGGACAAUUUCUAGUCAUUCAGAUGGGAUGAAAAGCUGGGGUCCUGUGUACACAUUGGCAUGCAGUUGGAACCCAGUUGGAACCCAGUUGGAAUUUGAUAUAAGAGUAGGCCGUAGCGCUGCUGUCUGGGCUAAAUUUCCCUCAUACCACUCUGCGUUGGAACAAAACAGUAGGACGUUGAACCUCAUUUCAUUUCUGCCUUGCCCAUGUUAGCCAAUAACCAAACCAAGAUCUCAAAAUGUACCAGAAAUAUAGAAUCUCGAAUCCUGAAAUUCAUUUUUCUUCGAACUAGAAAAAUGUUAAAUAGAACCAGGUAAUUCUCGGUCUAUGAAAUCAUAAUCUUUUUGAAAUCUGUAAAAAAAACGUUGUAAAAGGUGAAAUACGAGAAAUUUGUUCAAACGGCUCCAUGAUUGCAUUUAAAUGAUUAAAAUCAAAUAGUCUUUUAUAACUGGAAACUUUAUUUUUUAACAGCAGGCUUUCCAUUGGCUAUGAGCUGAAAAAGAUUAACUCUAAGCCAAUCCAAAAUCGGGAAAAGUUAUUUUUAACAACAGGUUCUUUCAUUGGCACUACGAUUUUAGUUCUCGGCCAAUCAAAAAAAUUAGCCAAAAGUUUAUUUUUAACAGCAGGUUUUUCAUUGGCUAAAAGAUCAAAUUUGUACGAAGAUUUCAACUGUCUGCCAAUCAAAAGUCAAGAGUUAAUUUAUAACAGUUGUCUUUCACUUUAUAAUGUUUAUUUAUUCCUGAUCACAAUAUGGUGGCAUUACAUCCCCUGAUUUUAUUUGUAUGUAACUAUCUUGUGCUAAUUAUUAUAUACAUAAAGACGUUUUGUGUUUA